UGGCCCAUAGAUAGAGAUACGACGCUGCUUCCUUCCGCGUCCAGAAACCCUCGCCCACCCACCAGCACCGGCCACCGCCUCCUCCCCCAAAAUCGAAACCCCUACCCCCAUCCCCAAGCAGAUCGGCCGAGAGCCAUGGAGGCGCAGAUGAGCAAGUUCUUCGAGUCGGUGGGCUCCUUCUUCUCCGGCGGCGACAACAUCCCCUGGUGCGACCGCGACAUCAUCGCCGGAUGUGAAAGAGAGGUUGCUGAGGCUGCAACCGAGGAACAGAAAAAUGAUAGCAUCAUGAGGCUAUCUUGGGCUCUCGUCCAUUCCAAGCAGACUGAUGAUGUGAACCGUGGAAUUGGCAUGAUUGAAGCUUCUCUUGAUAAAACCACCAGCCCACUGCAGACUAGAGAAAAGUUGUAUUUGCUGGCUGUUGGGCACUACAGAAAUGGUAACUAUGUAAGGAGCCGGCAACUUGCGGACCGUUGUUUGGAGAUUCAACCAGAUUGGAGGCAGGCAUCAUCUCUGAAGAAGGCAAUAGAGGAUAAAAUUGCUAAAGAUGGUGUGAUUGGCAUAGGAAUCGCCACAACUGCAGUAGGACUUAUCGUCGGUGGGAUCGCAGCUGCUCUUGCAAGGAAGAAGUGAGACUGCACCCGCCUGUUGAUGAAAUAGGAUGUGUGUUUGGUUCUAUCGUUCUACCGUUUGUUCUGUGUUACUUGAGUCGAAUCGCCGCAACUAUGUGCAUAAAAUGAGUUUAUGAUACCAUGCCACCGUGUAAUCUUUCGGAUAAAUCAAAUCGUGAUGGAAGUAGUA